AUGCAGCUAUCACACUGUAUGGAAUGUUUCACAUGUGAAGAAUUUCUAGACGAAGACGAUAUGCCGAUUUGUUCCAAGUGUAAGGAGCGCAGGAAAUGUACAGAAACUUUGUCUUUCCACAAAUUUCCAAAGGUGUUGGUUAUUCAUUUGAAACGUUUCAUGUCCUCUGUAUGUUCUUCAGACGAAGUCAACGUCAUUAUAGACAUUCUGCUCGAGGGUUUGGAUUUGAGCAGCUACAGUCCUUACGCGCUGUCCAACCACAAAAGCACCAUGUAG